AUGUUCCGCCCCGCCGCCAGACGCGCCCUGUCGCCCCAUUCCGCGCGCGCACUCUCCCGUCGCUGCGUUGCCUCUCUAAGCGGCGCCUCGUCGCCCUGGAUCAACCCCGCGAACGUCCCGCACGGCGAGAGCCUCAAGAAGUACGGCCGCGACUUGACCGCCUUGGCGCACGCCGGCGAGCUCGACCCGGUGAUUGGUCGCGAAGACGCGAUCCGGCGCGCGACGCAGAUCCUCUCGCGGCGGACCAAGAACAACCCGAUCCUCAUUGGCGACCCCGGCGUCGGCAAGACCGCGGUCGCUGAAGGCCUCGCGCAGCGCAUCGCUCUGAAGGAAGUGCCGUCCAGUCUCCAGGACAAGCAGGUUGUCGCGCUCGACUUGGCUGCGCUCGUGGCCGGCGCGAAAUUCCGCGGCGAGUUCGAAGAGCGGCUGAAAUCCGUACUUAAGGACGUGGACGACAGCCACGGCCGCGUGAUCCUCUUUAUCGACGAGCUCCACACGCUCGUGGGCGCCGGGGGCAACGAAGGCUCCACGGACGCGGCCAACAUGCUCAAGCCCGCGCUGGCGCGGGGCGCGCUGCACUGCAUGGGCGCGACAACGCUGGACGAGUACCGGCAGUACAUUGAGAAGGACGCGGCGCUGGCGCGGCGGUUCCAGCCCGUGCUGCUCGCCGAGCCAAGUGCCGACGAGACCGUGACGAUCCUCCGCGGGUUGAAGGAGAAGUACGAAGUGCACCACGGCGUGCGCAUCGCUGACAGCGCGUUGGUCGCGGCCGCGACGCUGGCCACGCGGUACUUGAGUGAGCGCAAGCUGCCGGACAAGGCCAUUGACUUGAUGGACGAAGCGGCGUCGCGGCUGCGGCUGCAGCUCGAGAGCAAACCCGAAGCGAUUGAGACGUUGGACCGCGCGCUGCUCUUGCGGCGCAUUGAGAUGGAAGCGCUGCGGCGCGAGACGGACGCCGCGUCGAAGAAGCGCUUGGCGGCGGUGGAGACGGACGUGGAGCGGCUGGAGACGGAGCUGCAGCUGUUGACGGACGAGUGGCAAGCGGAGAAGCGCAAGUUGGAGGCGAUGCAGGACGCGAAACGCAAGCUGGAGGAAGCGCGGCGGGAGCUCGUGGCGGCGCAGAAUAGCGGCGACUAUGCACGCGCGGGAGAGCUGAUGCACGCGGUGAUUCCGCAGUUGGAGGCCGAAGUGGCGCAUGAAGAGCAGGACGAGGACGACGGAGAGCAAGACGACGACGGGAAAAAGACGAAGAAGAAGAAGAGGCGGAGUCGCACGGCGCUGGGCGAUGCGGUUACAGCGGAUCAUGUCGCGGAAGUCGUGGCGCAAGCUACGGGCAUCCCGGCGUCGACGCUGAUGGAAGGCGAGAAGCAGCGACUGCUGCAGAUGGAAGAGGCGUUAAAUCAGCGCGUGAUUGGCCAGGAAGAAGCCGUGACGGCUGUGAGCAAUUGCGUCCGGUUGGCGAGGGCGGGGCUGCACGCGCACAAUCGACCGCUGGGUGUGUUUAUGUUCCUUGGGCCGACGGGGGUCGGCAAGACGGAGCUGACGAAAGCGCUGUCGGAGUUUUUGUUCCAGACGCCGCAAGCGCUUACGCGCAUUGACAUGUCAGAGUACAUGGAGAAGUUCAACGUGAGCCGUCUGAUUGGCGCGCCGGCAGGUUACAUCGGCUAUGAGGAAGGGGGGCAACUCACGGAAGCAGUGCGCCGUCGCCCGUAUCAGGUCGUGCUCUUUGACGAGUUUGAAAAGGCGCAUCAUGAUGUGAGCAACAUUUUGCUGCAAGUGCUGGAUGAAGGGCGACUGACGGACUCGCAAGGUCGGCUGGUCGACUUCCGUAAUACCGUCAUCAUAUUGACAAGCAACCUGGGGUCUGAUGUGCUCGUUGGCUUGCCGGAACAGACGCCGAGCUCCGUGGUGGAGGCGGAAGUCAUGAAUGUCGUACGCGCCCACUACUCGCCCGAGUUUCUCAACCGCAUCGACGAGCUCGUGCUGUUCAACCGCUUGAAGCGCGAGGAUAUCCGUGCGAUCGUGGACUUGCAGCUCCGCCAAGUCGAUGACAUGCUCGAGGAGAAAGACCUAACGAUGAAGGUGGACGCGCGUGUCGAAGACUGGCUGGCGGACGUGGGCUACAGUCCACACUAUGGCGCUCGGCCACUGAAGCGUCUGAUCCAGCAGCACGUGCUGAAUCCGAUGGCCGUGAAGCUCCUCGAAGGAGCUGCUGGUCCAGGCCAAGUUAUGCACGUCAAGAUGAACGCCAACUACGAUGGAGAAGUUGUCAAGGACGCAAAGACUGCCAAGCCGCUGCUUAUCACAGUCGAAGAAACUGCUGCUGCAGCAGCGGCCCCGUGA